AAAUUUUACAGUCUGACAUUGUCAUAAAAUAUGGAACAAAUAACUCUAGUAAUUUUUAAAAACACGCUUUGAAAAAAAUAGAUAAAAGCAUCUUCAGAGAAUGUGCAUUCUAUACAAGCUCCAAGUAACAACGGUUAAUUUCGGCACAACAAUCCAUAAUGACGAAUUUGACAUGGGUCUUAUGUAUGGUCAUUGCCUUUGGGGUGUGGAUUCCAGAAAGUGAAUCGCAACGACGGUUUCAUCGACAAGCACCAUGCACAAUGCCCGGGACAUUUCCUCACCCCACCUCUAAAAUCCAGUACAUCAGGUGCAUUCGAAUUCGAGGAAGGUUGUAUCAGUACAUAUUCACCUGUCCACAACCCGAGUCACAAUUCGAUCCUGCAACAAAAAAAUGCGUUUUGAAGGGAACAAUUACAGAUGCCCCUACUACCAUUACCCUUUUUCCAACUACAACAAUGACUACUGUAACAACCCUGCCGACGAGUACAGGAUCUGAGACAACUAAGGGAUCUGCAACCACGACUACUGGCCCUGAGACGACAACUACGGCCCCUGAGACAACAACUACGGCCCCUGAAACAACUAGGGCCCCUGAAACAACUACGGCAGCUGAGACGACAACUACUGCCCCUGAGACGACAACUACGGCCCCUGAGACAACAACUACGGCCCCUGAAACAACUACGGCCCCUGAGACGACAACUACUGCCCCUGAGACGACAACUACUGCCCCUGAGACGACAACUACUGCCCCUGAGACGACAACUACGGCCCCUGAGACGACAACUACUGCCCCUGAGACGACAACUACGGCCCCUGAGACGACAACUACGGCCCCUGAGACGACAACUACGGCCCCUGAGACAACAACUACGGCCCCUGAGACGACAACUACUGCCCCUGAGACGACAACUACUGCGCCUGAGACGACAACUACUGCCCCUGAGACGACAACUACGGCCCCUGAGACGACAACUACGGCCCCUGAGACGACAACUACGGCCCCUGAGACAACAACUACGGCCCCUGAGACGACAACUACGGCCCCUGAGACAACAGCUACGGCCCCUGAAACGACAACUACGGCCCCUUAGACGACAACUACGGCCCCUGAGACGACUGAGACGACAACUACGGGAUCUUAAACAACAACUCAGGGUUACA